GACAGAGUCAGAGCCAUGGAGAUGGCAACCUGCAGCUUCCACAGCUCCUCCUUCUCCAUCCCAAACCCUAGAAGCACCAGCCUUUCCUCUCCUCUUCCAGUCGCCAAGCAACUCUUCGGCUUCACCUUACCUUCUUCCUCAACCGCCAAAACCACCACACUCAAACUCCGCUCCCGGAACCCGAAACGCUUCUCCGCUCACCCGCCAAUCAAAUGCUCGGUCUCUGAAGCCACCGAAGCCGCCGCCAUUGAAACAGAGAGGAGGAGUAAGUUGAUGAGGAGAACUGACAUAAGGAACAUAGCAAUCGUAGCGCAUGUCGACCACGGAAAAACAACUUUGGUUGAUGCAAUGUUGAGGCAAUCAAAGGUAUUUCGUGAUAACCAAUUUGUACAGGAAAGGAUAAUGGACUCGAAUGAUCUAGAGCGUGAAAGGGGAAUUACUAUACUAAGCAAAAAUACCUCUAUUACUUAUAAAGACUCAAAGAUUAAUAUAAUUGAUACUCCUGGACAUUCUGACUUUGGAGGCGAAGUCGAACGCAUCCUCAAUAUGGUGGAAGGGAUUCUUUUAGUGGUAGAUUCUGUUGAGGGCCCGAUGCCACAGACGAGAUUUGUUUUGAAGAAGGCUCUAGAAUUUGGUCAUGCAGUUGUUGUCGUUGUUAAUAAGAUUGACAGGCCUUCAGCUCGUCCAGAUUUUGUCAUCAAUUCCACUUUUGAACUAUUCAUUGAACUAAAUGCCACUGAUGAACAGUGUGAUUUCCAGGCAAUAUAUGCUAGUGGGAUUAAAGGAAAAGCUGGGUUGUCAGCUGAUAAUUUGGCAGAUGAUCUUGGACCACUUUUCGAGGCCAUAAUGAGAUGCAUCCCUGGACCUGCCAUUGACAAAGAUGGUGCACUUCAAAUGCUUGUUACAAACAUCGAGUAUGAUGAGCAUAAAGGACGAAUAGCUAUUGGACGUUUGCAUGCUGGGGUUCUGAGGAAAGGGAUGGAUGUGAAGGUAUGCACCACAGAAGAUGCAUGUCGAGUUGCAAGAGUUAGUGAGCUUUUUGUGUAUGAAAAAUUUAGUAGGGUUCCUGCAGAAAGUGUGGAGGCUGGUGAUAUAUGUGCUGUUUGUGGAAUCAAUGAUAUUCAGAUUGGCGAGACAAUUGCUUGUAAGAUCUCUGGUACACCAUUACCGGCCAUUAGGGUUGAGGAACCAACAGUGAAAAUGGCUUUUGCCAUAAACACUUCACCGUUUGUUGGACGUGAGGGAAAGUAUGUUACCAGUAGGAACUUACGAGAUCGCCUUUCUCGUGAGCUUGAGGGUAACUUGGCUAUGAAGGUUGAAGAUGGCGAAACAGCAGAUACCUUCAUUGUUAGUGGACGGGGUACUUUACAUAUUACCAUAUUGAUUGAGAACAUGCGAAGAGAAGGAUAUGAAUUCAUGGUGGGACCUCCCAAAGUUAUUAACAAAAGGGUGAAUGACAAAUUGCUGGAACCAUAUGAGAUCGCCACUGUGGAGGUGCCAGAAGAACACAUGGGCCCUGUUGUUGAGCUUCUUGGCAAAAGGCGGGGGCAGAUGUUUGAUAUGCAAGGAGUUGGGUCUGAAGGCACAACCUUCCUCAAAUAUAAAAUUCCAACUCGUGGCCUUCUUGGUUUACGAAAUGCAAUUUUAACAGCUUCUCGUGGCACUGCAAUUCUCAACACAGUAUUUGAUAGCUAUGGACCUUGGGCUGGUGAUAUGAGUACCCGGGAUCAGGGUUCACUGGUUGCCUUUGAGGGUGGAACGAGUACUUCUUACGCCAUUUCUAGCUCACAGGAGAGGGGGCAGUUGUUUAUUGGUCCCGGGGUCGAAGUUUAUAAAGGUCAGAUAGUUGGCAUCCAUCAGCGGCCUGGGGACUUGUCCCUUAAUGUGUGUAAGAAGAAGGCAGCAACAAAUAUCCGUUCCAACAAAGAACAAACAGUGAUUCUUGACACCCCAUUGGACUACAGUCUGGAUGACUGCAUUGAGUAUAUUCAAGAGGAUGAAUUGGUGGAGGUCACUCCCGCAAGUAUCCGAAUGUGCAAGAACCCAAAGUUUUCAAAGAAAUCAAACAGGUAGUCAGUUUUCGUAAAUAUAUAUGAUUUGAACCAAUGAUUAUGCUGGCAAAGCUCAUUGGAUAACUCGUUUGAGUAAGCCGCGAUAUAAUGUUUAGACAGGAAGGAGAAAGAGUAAGCAAAGUUUUGCAAUAUUAAUUGGUUGUAUAUAAAAGAAUGAGAACCAAAGUUGUAUUACUCAAAGAUGUUCAAUGGUGAUGUGAAAGACAAAUUGAAUUGAUGAUUUCUGAUUUUGAGUUGUAACGGAGAAUGGAACUGUCAGAGUUUUUAUUUUAUUGAAGAACUCAAUAUUUCAGCUAAUGGAAAGGAAAUCUUAGCAGAGCGUA